UCGCCCCGGCAGCAACAUGAGCUUCUCCCAGGCGCGCUCCAUCCCGCCGCUGCUGCUGCUGCUCGUGGCUCUUCUCCGCCUCUCGGAUGCCGGCACGCCAGCACCUACUGCCACAGUGGAAAAUACCAGCCAACAAACUACAGACAGCAUUUCAAAAAGCAAAGAAUUGGAAUCUACAACGUUCAGCCCAGGUCCAUCGGGUCCAUCUAAAACUACAGAAGAUGCUAAGCAACAAACAGAGGCUAAAACCCCUGAUUUAGAAGCAGUGAAGUAUAAUAUCACAAUAAAGGAAUUUUCUACUGUGGUGAAAAAUAUCACAUUAGUGGAGCCAACUACCCUUGAACUAUCAUGCUCCGUAGACAUUAACCCUUCAUUGGACAAAGCAACAAUUGAGGUCAUGUGGAGGAUGGGUAAUACAACAGUCAAAGAUGAUAACGUCACCAAGGGUGAACACCAAAAUAUUUGGAGCAGUCAGUAUACGGUACACAUCAAAAACAGAGACCAAUUGGGAACUUACACAUGUGUUUUCAAAACUAAAGAAAAAUCAGAAGGUAGAUUUGAUGUGCGAGUGCCUGAAGUUGGAGGAAAAUCCAAGAGUUUGGUUAGCUAUGAAGGUGAUUCCGUGGUCAUGACAUGUAACAGUGGCAAAUAUGUUCCCUUUGACUGGGUCUGGUACACAAUGAAUGGAAGUGAACAGGCUGUUAUUAAUGAUACUCUGAGACCAGAGAAAUACCACGUCUCCAAGAAAAAUCUCAAUAUAACAAAACUGAAGGUGCUGAAUCUCACUGAGAAAGAUGGAGGAGUUUACUGGUGUGAAGCUGUAUUUUUGCAACUCGGUGAAAGCAGAGGAAACGCGUCCCUUAAAGUUCUGACUUACCUGGUACCUCUGAAACCAUUUCUUGCAAUAGCUGCUGAAGUUAUUAUUUUAGUAGCUAUUAUUUUCAUCUAUGAAAUAUACACCAAAAAGAAAGAACCUCAAGCUGAAGGUGAAAAAGAAUUUGAACAAACUGAGCAACUAAAAUCUGAGGACAGCAAUGGUGUGGAAAACAGUACUACUAGACACAGAAAAGUUUAAGUCCCUUGUGAAAAGAUGGCAGGACAAAUGAAACAGAUACAUUGUAUAAGAAAACUACAGGAAAGUGUAUACAGCGGAGCUACAGAUAAUUGGCAUCUGGUUACAGCCUUUUUAGAUGUGUUAGAAAAAAUAAUAUUGCUUAGAAAAUGCCUUUUCAGUAAUAAAUGUAUUAAGAUGAUGCUAACCCACAUACAUCAUCACACAAGUACUGUUUGCUUGUUUGGUUAAACUCAGUUACACCAAACUCAGCCUUUUUGGCUACCGUUAGCCUCAAUCUGCAGCCAUUAAUCGAACAUUUAUAAUAUUGUGCUUUUUGUAUAUGAGAUCAGGCAAUAAAUGAAGAACUUAAGCCAGAUCCCCAGUUUCUAUUGUGUAGAAGAAGCAGUACAUUGUGAGAAUAAUCUGCAUCAGCCAUGACUCAGAAGAAAAAGAAGCACUGUAUGAUAAUAUCAUUGGGAAUGUGUAUGCUGCUAUUUAGUUCCUACAAGCUAGAGCAAAUCUAUAAAAGAAAAGUCUGAUGAGCCAUAUUCUUCCACUGAGAAACUGUUGUAUAAAUCGAGAAUAUCUCUUAGAAUCUCAAUAAUCUCUUCUAUCUUUUUAUAUAAAUAAGGUGUAGCUGGUUAAGGCAUGGGGGAUCCAUGAUCAGGUGGAGAAGAGGGCUGAUUUCAUUUAGGGCUCUGAUACUGGUCUAGAAGAGUGGAUAUACCAUUCUUCCUGGACCACGUAACAAGAUAGAUGGCCUUUUCCUAUACUGCUUUCACCAAAUAAGAUAAAAAACAAAUGAUCAGUAUUUUUCCUUACUGGAGCUUGUAGCAACUUUGGACAGGAUUGUUCCCUUUACUAGUCCUGAACCAGCAAUCAAACUAGGCUGUUUAAGAAGAGCCCUGUGGGAUCUGACAGGGGAACAUCUAGUCUAGCAUUCUGUUUCACACAGUGGCUACCAGUUACGCUGGAAGGCCAACAAGCAGGAAACAGAAAAGAGCAAGAGUCCAGUAACACCUAUAAGACUAACUAAAUUUGUGGUAGGGUAUGAGCUUUCAUGAGUCACAGCUCACUUCUUCUAAAUGAAUGAGCUGUGACUCAGGAACGUUCAUACCCUACCACAAAUUUUGUUAGUCUUAUAGAUGCUACUGGACACUUGCUCUUUUCUACUGCUACAGACAGACUAACACAACUGCCCGUCUUGAUCUAAAAAGGAAAUAGAAUUCAGGAUGUUCCUGUUUUCCUAUGGUUGUGCUGGGAUUGGCAGUAGAGGCAGUUAGAAUUCUGUGGUUUAUUACUGCUAAGGAGAUGAAAUGGGAGACAGGAGGGCAGACCUUUCAUUUUUCCAUUGAGUUCAUUGGGAGUUUUUUCUCUCAGUGAAAAAGACUUAGGGUCACCUAUUUUGUCAGUCAUGUUGUCACGGGGGAAAGCCCUAGUCUGAGGCACUCGGGAUCUCAAAUAAAUCCUGCCCUCCACAAUGUCCAAGCAUUUUCCAAUUUGGGAACUCACUCUAAUGUAGUCACACAACAACAGAAAGUUUAUACUGGUGUAUUUUUAGUGUCACGCCUCUAAAAUACCCUUGCACUAAUGGAUCUUGAAUGAACAUCAGUGCAAGGGAAUUAACUGGAGAUGUUAUAGCCCUCUGGAACACUGAAUUACACUAUAAUUCUCUUCCAGUUAAAUCAAUGAUGCUUUUCACUUGGGCUAGAUUAUCAUCACUAUUCUGGAAAUGAUCCACAACUAUCCAUUCCACUGUAUUUUUUUCAGUAUACCUGUUUAGAUCUAAGAUAAGCCCAGAGAAAUCUGGAGACUUGAGUGAAGGAAGAGCUAAAGAACGAAUUGCUUAAACCUUAUAUAAUUGCAGUCUGGGUGCAGAGUCAAUACUUCUAGAUCAUGAAAAAGGGAAAACAUAUUCAAAGCAAAUAUGAUGCUAAUAAGCCAUUUUUUCACUAAGUGGAAACUGUGUCUCAUAAUACUAUUAUGGCUGCCACAGGUCUUCUGACCUUCUGUAUAACAAUCUCAUAUCUAGUUUUGCUGACCAUUAAAUGAUAAUUGUACGUGCUGAAAAGUUUUCUGUAUUUGAUGCCUUAAAACUCAAGUGAUAUGAAGGCCAUUAAAAAUCUGUGUGUGAUUUCUGUGCAUUAAAGUGUGUAUGUGAGAGAGUAAAAUAGGAAAUGUAUUGUAGAUGAUUCAAUAAGACCUUAUCACCUGAAAAAUAAAGCCAUUUUUAAGCAUUUA